ACGUUCCUCUUCUCAUUACUCACUGAUCCACCUCUGCAACUCCCUCCCUUACUCUCCACCGUUUGUCCAUUUUCCUUUUUGUUCUUUCUCAUUGUCACUGCACACGGUUGUCUCUCAGAAUGCCCUAACCUGCGAUCGGUGUUGAAUCGGAUCUCCGUUGACAUUGGGGAGUAAAUUCCGUUGAGCUUGUUGUUCUCCGUGAUCCACCUUUCUUGCUCCUGCACCCAUCGCCCCUGCAACUCCCCCUCCCCCCAAUGUCGCUGUUCUAACGAAUCUAUGAAAUCCCACACCUCUCCUUCUACAACUUCUCUUUGCGCGCUAGACAGUGGGGCGCCACUUUGCCAGGGUGAUCGGCGUCGUUUCACCGGGUCUCUCCUCCGAGGAAUGGAAGACAGAGAGAAGAAUGCUUGCAUUGCCCAGCUAAUGGAUUGCAACAAGAAGGAAAAGAACAAGAAGAAGAAGAAGGCGAAGCGAGCCACAGAGGGAGUCGCCGUGAAAACAUCAGCAGCAAAUUCUGCAACUGCAAACAAUGGUGCUGAUGUUACUGCUGUCAGUGGUGUUAGGAUUGCUCUGUUCGAUUUUUCGGUUGAAAAUUUCUUCCGAGACAUGGACACCAUUGUCAGACUCUGUGGGCAAGAAGACGACGUUGCUGGUACUGACCAGAUGGAGAUUCAAAGAAUGUCUUCCUCGGUCAUUUUCUUAAGAGAAUGGAGAGAUUUUAAAUAUCCAUCAAAAAGCAUUAAAUUUGCAUAUGGACUCGAGAGUUCUGAUUGUUUUGAGGGAAAAGAUGUCAGUGCUAUAAAUUUGCCCCCGUUUUCUUCUGCCUCUGUUCCUGAGCAAGAUAUGCAAACGGAGCAACCUGAGGAGGUCAUAUCUGAAGAAUGCAGAGAUUUUGUGAUGAAUGUUGGAGGCUCUGUAUGGGCAUUAGAUUGGUGUCCUCAAAUGCAUGAAAAACCUGAUGCUUCAAUAAAAUGUGAGUUUAUUGCUGUUGCUGCUCAUCCACCGGGCUCUUCUUAUCACAAAAUGGGUGCCCCACUUACUGGCAGAGGUGUCGUACAAAUAUGGUGUCUUCUAAAUAUCUCGGAACACAAUGACAAGUCAACAAAUAAAAAGACGCCUAAAGGAAAACCUAGAAAAAAUCCAACAGUGGUGGAUGAUAUGAGUUGUGAUAAAACAGAUGGAGACACAACUGACAAAUCAACCCAAGUAAAGAAGCCUAAAGGAAGACCUAGAAAAAAUCCAAUGGUGGUAGCAGUGGAUGAUAUGAAUUGUGAUAAAGAAGAUGGAGGUGCAAAUGAUAAAUCAACCCAAAUAAAGAAGCCUAAAGGAAGACCUAGAAAAAAUCCAAUGGUGGUAGCAGUGGAUGAUAUGAAUUGUGAUGAAGAAGAUGGAGGUGCAAAUGAUAAAUCAAUGCUAAUGAAGAGGCCUAGAGGAAGACCUAGAAAAAAUCCAAUGGUGGUAGCAGUGGAUGAUAUGAAUUGUGAUGAAGAAGAUGGAGGUGCAAAUGAUAAAUCAAUGCUAAUGAAGAGGCCUAGAGGAAGACCUAGAAAGAAUUCAACAGUGACAGCAGUGGGUGAUGCAAAUUGUGAGAUCCAGGAUAUACCAGCUCUUGCUGUUCAAUCUCCAGAAAACUCUACCGAGUUUCUUACUCUAGAUUGGAAUCAUGAAAAAAAUGAAGAAAUACUUCCUAAAAAUGAUGGAGGCACAAAUGACAAAUUGACAAAAAUAAAGAGGCCUAGAGGAAGACCUAGAAAAAAUUCCAUAGUAAUUGCAGUGGAGGAUAUGAACUGUGAGAUCCAGAACAAGGCAGCUUGUGAUGUUCAAGUUGCACAAAAUUCUACACAGUUUCGUGCUUCAGAUGGGAAUCUUGAAAACAAUGAAAAACUUAUUACAUACAAAAGAAAAAACGGAGCUAAAGAAAAUGAAGAGUCUGGUGAAAAGUCAGUACUAACAAAGAGGCUUAGAAGAAGACCAAAUUCAAAUUCAAAAGGAGCAACAGUAGAUGAUCCAAAUUGUGGCAAUAAAUCUAUGCCUCUUCAUAUUCAAAACGCAGAAGAUUCGGCUGAAUAUCUUUCUCCAGAUAUGACUCUUGACAAUUGCAAUGAAAAAUUAGCACAGAGGCCAAAAGGACAUGAAUCAAAUUCAAUAGGAGCAAUGCCAAAUGGUCCAAAUUGUGAGAAUGAACCUACGUCUCAUGAUGUUCAAGUCCCAGAAGAUUCAGCUGAGUUUCUUUCUCUAAUAGGAGAAAUGACAAAUGAUCCAAAUUGUGAGAAUGAACGUACUCUUGAUGUUAAAGUCCCAGAAGAUUCAGCUGAGUUUCUUUCUCGAGAUGUGGCUCAUGACAAUUGCAACAAACAUGCUUUGCAACAAUGUUCUGUUACAAAGCAAAGACAUACAAAGGAGGCUGUUUCUGCAAGCAAUACUUUUUCAACAACUGUUGUUAAAAACAGUGGAUUGAAAAUUAAUCAUAGAGAAGGGAGAUGUGACCAAGAUAUAAGUCAGCCACUGCAGUAUGAUAAUGAGGCAAAUUAUCAAUUAUGUUCCACCUCUGAGUUGGAAGCUGCACCAACUACUUCUUCUAUUCAAGAAGAUGUAACAUUGCCUAGAGUAGUUUCAUGCCUAGCCCAUAAUGGAAAAGUGGCGUGGGAUGUGAAAUGGCGGCCUACUAACAUUUCUGAUUCUUGCAAACAUCGAAUGGGCUAUCUUGCUGUCGUGUUGGGCAAUGGAUCUUUGGAAGUGUGGGAGGUUCCUCUUCCUCAUGUAUUGAGAGCAAUCUAUAUGCACAGAGAGGGGACUGAUCCACGAUUUAUAAAAUUGGAGCCUGUAUUUAAAUGCUCAAUGUUAAGGCGCCGAGGUUUACAAAGCAUUCCACUGACAGUGGAGUGGUCAGUUACAUCCCCGCAUGACUAUUUACUUGCUGGCUGCCAUGAUGGAACGGUUGCUUUGUGGAAAUUUUGUAUAAAUUCUUCAUCCAAAUGUGACGAUACAAUGCCUGUUCUUUGUUUUGGUGGGGAUACAGUUCCUAUUAGAACAGUUGCCUGGGCUCCGUUUGAAGGGGAUCCCGAGAGUUCUAAUAUAGUAGUAACUGCUGGACAUGAAGGUCUUAAGUUUUGGGACCUACGUAAUCCAUUUCGUCCUUUGAGGAGCCUCCAUCCUGCGCCAAGAAUCAUAUAUAGUUUGGAUUGGCUGUCAAAGCCAAGUUGCAUCAUUAUGUCCUUUGAAGAUGGAACAAUGAGAACCAUUAGCUUGGCGAAGGCUGCAAAUGACCUUCCUGUCACUGGAGAAAUAUACAGUGGAAAAAAACAACCUGGGUUGCACGGUUCUUCGUAUGCAUCUUUUGCCAUUUGGAGUGUUCAAGUGUCACGCAUAACAGGCAUGCUUGCUUAUUGUGGUGCAGACGGUACUGCCUUUCGUUUUCAGCUUACUGCCAAAUCAGUGGAGACCGAUCAUGCACGCACUCGAUCCCGACGCUUCCUUUGUGGGUCAGUAACCGAGGAGAAUUCAAAUCUAGUUAUCAACACUCCUAUAUCAAAUGCUCCUUUCCUGUGGAAGAAGCUACCUGAGAAGGGUCGGUGUGCUGAAUCUUUCCGAGACCUGUUAUCAAAGACAAAUCAAUACAAAAAUUCACUUAAUCAAGUGGCAGAAACUUCAAAUUUUGAUUCUCAGACUUUAGGUGCUGACGCUGACGAGAAUGUGGAUUUGUUGGAAUCCGGGUCGGAGGAAGCUUUAUAUUCUAUGAAGAAGCCCAAAAGGCCAAAAGUGAACAGUGGCAGCAAGAAAAAACCAGAAGAAAGCAUAUCUGUGGAUUGCAGAGAUGAUGAUGUGCCACCAAUCACUAUCAUUCCCGAGGCUGAUAAUGAAAAGUCGGAUUUUGGGAAUAUACCUGAAAUCUUCCCUCCCAAAAUGGCAGCAUUGCACAAAGUGAGAUGGAACAUGAACAAAGGUAGUGAAAGAUGGUUGUGCUUUGGAGGAGCUUGUGGAGUCGUACGUUGUCAGGAGAUUGUUUACUCUGAUAUUGAUAAGAAAUGGGCCUUGAAGAAAUGAAACCAUCUAAUCUACCUAAAUUUUGUGUCGUAAAUUACCUCAAUGUGAAUAUAAUCUUAAGAUUUAGAUUAACCCAGAAAAAUUCUUAGUAAAAGUGACGAGUCAACGUGUAACAUCUAUUCGUUAUAACAAGGCAGGGAAAAAGGUCUCAGCUUUUGUAGCAGCUCCACCCGUUUGUGUAAAGCACUAGAUAUAAUUUGAACUAUAUAAUAUUUACUAUUUAAUUUAAGAUUUUGAUUUUGUUA